AUGGAGGAGACACGAGAUCACUUACUGCUUACCUGUGGUUAUAGUAUGGAGGUUUGGAGAAUGGUCAUGGCUAGAAUACGGCCAAAUUUCACCUUGUUUACUUCAUGGAACGAAUUGCUUUCUUGGAUAAGAGAUAACUUACAUCCUCCAAUAGCUAUACAGUCUCCAUUAAAAGAAUCAGUUUCAUAUCAUUUGCAGCUUGUUACAAUGUCACGACCAGAAACCAUUGAAAGAAUGGUGGAACUGUUUAAAUCACGCCACUCAGCAUCUCACUUGUUCAAGAUUGACAACUUCUCUUUACUCACAAAGUACCACAUCGAAAGAGUCGAAUCCUCUGUUUUCAUUCUCGGUGGUCACAAAUGGAAACUCUAUGUGUACCCAAAUGGGAAUAAUAGUGCAAAUGGUCAUGUCUCUAUCUUCAUAGAGAAUCAAGAUAGUAUAAUUGUUCAGCUCAAAUAUCAGAUCUUUGUCGUCAGUCAGCUAAAGCCUAUAUGGCACCCCUCGAGUGUGAUAUUGAACUUUGGUACAACAUCAAUACCACAAAUGAGAGGGACUCCACGGCUUAUAUCACUUGUUGAUCUUAAGUCAAAAGGGUAUCUUAUUGAAGAUUGUUGUCUGUUUGGUGUUAAGUUUGAUGGGUUUGAAAAUGGUGCAAAAGGAUCAGCAGAAUGUUUUAGCUUAAUUGAGAAGCCAAUCAACCACAAAGCCACUUGGAUGAUGACAAAGUUCUCGUCUUUCGAGCCUGAAAUGUAUCAUUACUCUAAUGAGUUUGUCGUUGGAACCCGGAAAUGGAAAAUCAAAAUUCACCCAAGCGGGAUUAAGGAGGGAAAAGACAAAUCAUUUUCUGUGUAUCUAGUAGGAGAAGGGUUUAUCAACAAUGCGCCAAAGGCGAAAACUUACGCGAAAUUCAAGCUGCGUGUAUUAGAUCAAGUUAACCGCAAUCAUUUUGAGAAAUCAGAUUCGUGUUGGGUUGAUGUAGAACGUGAUGAGAACAAUGGCUUUGAGGAUUUCAUGCCUUUAAAGAAACUUGAUAGACCUUAUUUGGUGAACAAUAAGCUUUAUGUGGGAGUUGAGUUUGAUGUCAUUUCCAUGACUACUACUAUUUAA